CGUAGAAUGUAGAUUGUAGAUAGUGGCCUACAGUGAUAAUUAGUAGGCAUUGUAGAUAAUGAUAAUAAAAUCAUUUUGUAUGAAAAUGUAGGUAAUUUUGUCUAUAAAAUUACAUUUUUUGAUUUAAAUUUGAAUUUAUCUUUAAUUGUAACCUAUUUCCAUUUUUAAUUGUAAUUUAAAAUAGGUGAAUGCACUUACUGCGUAGGUUUUCAAAAAUGAAUUCUAUCCCAUUUAUUGGUAUGUAUAUACUUUUAAUUAUUAUUUGAACUUGGUUUUAUUAUUUUUAAUUUUUGUUUUUAAUAUUAAUAAUUCAAAAUUAGAUAUUGGAGCAAAUUUGACAGAUCCUAUGUACAAAGGAAUAUAUAAUGGUAAUAAAAAGCAUAGAGAAGAUUUAGAAGAUGUUUUGGAACGCUGUUGGAAAAAUGAUCUAAAAAAGAUAAUUAUAACAAGUGGAAGCUUACAAGAUUCUAUUGAUGCUUUAAAGAUAUCAUCAUUGAGUGGUAGUUACUUGUGUUAUUUAAUUACAAUUAAAUUGAAUACUUUAUUCACUUUAAAAUGUAUUACAGAAAACCUGUACUGCACUGUUGGGUGCCAUCCAACUCGGUGUGAUGAGUUUAAUAAAGCUACGAGUCCUGAGGAUUACUUAAAUAGUCUAAAAAAUAUAAUAAUAAAUAAUCGACCAAAAAUAGUAGCAAUAGGAGAAUGUGGACUUGAUAAUCAAAGAUUACAUUUUUGCUCUAAACUAAUUCAAGAAAAGUAUGAUAAUCUUAUAAUUUUAUUUUCUAGGUGCCCAAUACUAGUUAAAUAUGUGACACCUAAUUGAUUUAUUAUAAUUUUUUUUUUUUAUUAAGUUAAUUUCACAUUAAUGACCUCUGUGUUAUUCGUCUUAAAUGUAAUAAAUACAUAAAUUAUUACUUGUUUAAAUACUUACUAAACAAAAAAAAGUUAACUAUUUAAAUUUAUAUUUUUAAAUAAAUUUAAAACAUUACACUAUUGCUCAACAAAUUAAAUUGUUAUGGAUCUUGUACCUAACCAUCAAGUUAUGUAAAUACAUAUUUAAUUUUAAGUAUUAUAUUGUUUAUUUUAGAUAUUUUGAAAUGCAGCUAAAAUUGAGCGAACAAUUUAAUUUGCCCUUAUUCUUGCACUGUCGUGAUGCCGCUCCUACAUUUAUAGAUAUACUGAAGAGGAAUUCUAAUUGUUUGAAAUCGGGAGGUGUUGUACAUUCAUUUGAUGGUAGUUUAAAAGAUGCAGAGGAAAUAAUUAGUUUAGGAUUUCAUAUUGGUAUUAAUGGAUGGUAAGAUAAUUAUUAUUAAAAAACAAACAUUUAAACAUUAUAAAAUGUACUGUUUCAUUGUUCAGAUUUUUUUGAAAUUUAUAUUUUUGUUACCUAUUAUUAAAAGUAUUAAAUUCAUUUUUUUAAUAAGUGAAUAAAUAUACAAAUUUAAAAAAAAAAAAAAUAUUUUUGUAAAUAAGCUAUUUAUAAGUUCACAAAUUAUUAUUGAAUAAUCCUAUAUUUAAAUGAGUCUAAUAUUUGCGCUUAAAAAUAUAUUAUUCAUUAACUGCAUUUAAUAUUAUAAGCAAUCUUAUACAUUAUACAUCUUAUCUUAUCUUUGUAUUAUUGAUGACCAAAUUAAAGUUUGCAUGGGUUACUACAAUCUUUGGGUUUGGGACUCGUAGUACUUAGAAAAUUCCAUUAUAAAACCAAAAAUAUUCUAAAAAGCAAAAAAGGUAGUAAAACAACUUUUUUAAAAUUAUUUAGAUUUUAUAUUUAAAAUCUCAGUAUAAGAUACAUUUUCAUAACACUAUACUAGAUUUAAUGUAGAGCCAAAGAAUAAGAAAAUAUUAUAAGUACUAAACCUUGGUUGUUACUUUGUUUAAGUUGUUACAUUUAAUUUUUAUAGUUCAUUACGAACAGAAGACAAUUUAAAAACAGUAUCAGAAUUACCUAUCGAUCGUCUUAUGUUGGAAACAGAUUGUCCGUGGUGUGAAAUUAAACAAACACAUCCUUCAUAUUCAUAUGUACAAACAAAAUUUAAUUCAGUGAAAAAAGAAAAAUAUAAAGAAGAUUCUAUGGUUAAGGGUAGAAAUGAACCAUCUACUAUUAAGUAAGAUCAUUGUUACAAAUUAUUCUAAUCUUAAAUUAUAGUACAUAUAAUAAAGAUGUUUGGUACUUAAUAUUACAAUACUUAAUUUAAAAAUACUAAAUAUAUAUUUUUCACUAUCUGUGGAUAUGUAUUGUAAUCUUUUAGUUUUCUACUUAAAUGUAUAAUAUAUUAGUUGUAUGGUUUUUAUUUUGUCAUUUAAAUUUACAUUCUAGUAAUUAAUUUACAUUUUUUUUUCAGACAAGUAUUGGAAGUAUUAUCUUCAUUAAAAAAAGAAGACCCAGUAUAUUUAGGAAAAAAAAUAUAUGAAAAUACUUCAAAUGUAUUCUUUAAAGACAAGUAGUUUUAAAUUUGUAUUACCUAUCUAAUUCAAUGGUUUUAUAUGAAUAUGUUUGAACUAUAA